CGCCGAUGACAAAUUUUAAUUCGCCGUGUAUCCUCCGGAUCGACUUAAUUGAUUCGUAACGAAUCAUGACGAAGGAUUAACGAAUGCCGACAAUUUAAUCCAUUGAUUUUUUUUUUUUUUUUUUUUUUUCUAACAUUCCUUCAUCUAUUAGCAGGAUAUAUAUUUCGUUUCGUCGGUUGGCCAAGGUCGUCGAUUUUCCUACAAAAGUCGAUUCACGAAACGUACGAAAGUUAGUCUUUUUUAACGAGUUAAAGGAUUAGAACUUAUAGAAUUCGAUGAAAUUUUAUCGAAAAAAAUGAUAUUCGUACGGAACGUUCUGUUAUUAAUCAUCGUUCGGUAUUGCGUUUGCUUUUAUUAUGAGCCAGGUGGUAUAAGUGAUUCAUUAUUAUUCGGUUCUAAUUUAGAAAAAGACAAAUUGGAGCGCGUUAAUUUUUACAAAGAACGAUAUGGUAAUCAGGACAGAUCUCUAUACGAUAAAGAUUUGUCGACGAAUCACGAACGAAAUGAGAACGCGGCUCGUUACAAUGAACAGGAUAAAGAACGAGGAGGAUUCAACAAGGAUCAACAUUCUUCAGGUCAUACUGAAAUUUCAAACGAGUCCGACAAUUCUUAUCAUAGACACGGUACUAGCUAUUACAAAAAGGGUUAUCAUAAUAUUGGCUUCAGUAAUAAUUAUCAUAAAGAUGAGUCCGGUAAUAAAACGAGUUUUUACGAGGAUAGCGACGACGAGAAAGGGCAUAGGGCUUUUGACAAAAAUGCUGCUUCCUAUGAGAACAAUUUGGAGGAUAUUUUCAGGGAUGGAACACAUGAUGCUUCUUUUAGGGAAAGAAACAAAGCAGAACAUGGGAAUUAUGAUAAUGGUCAGAGAUACGUUGAUUCCCGUGCACGUUAUGAUCAGUUUCAAAAUAAUCAGCGAUACGACGAUGAACGAAAAUAUCUGCACGAUGACGUAGGAAGGUAUUACGAUAGAAACCGUGAUCAUUUUCGAGAUUACGGUUAUCAAUAUUAUCCAUACGGAUACGAUGAUGGAUAUGCAUCUUCGCAUUUUUAUCAGAAUUAUCAUGUUGAUACACAGCCUAGACGCUACCCCGUGGAUCCAUAUCUUCUCGAAUAUUUAAGAGAUCAUCGUUAUAUUCCAAAUUAUCAUAAUCGAAGGAUCUAUUAUCCGAAUGAAGAGUAUUACGAUAAUACCUAUCGUAAUCGUUAUUACAAUAUUAAUUUCAAUAAUAGAUUUGGGAACAGAUACUUGCCUUACAAUGGUGGUCGUCAUUACAAUUAGAAUAUAGAAUUCUAAUCUUACGAUUGCAAGUAGAUUUAAUGGUAAAUAAAUUAAUUAAUUAAAAUUGCAAAUAUAAUAAAGAGAAUAAAUUUAUGAAAAUCAUGUAUCUGUUUUUUAAGUCAUUAAAAUAAUUUUGCAAGAAAUAAUCCUUUACUGUACUACUAUAUAAAUCAAUAAAUCCAAUAAAGCUAGUAAAACGGGAUACGAUAAAGCUUCUAAAAAAAAAGAAAAAAAAAAAAUGAAAAAGUAAAUGAUUUAUUUUUUAAUUAUUCAAAUUGAAAUAAAUCAAUGAUUUCCUUCAACUAUAUUCAAUAAACAACUUACGUAUAUGAUCCAUUUGCAUAUCUAAUGCAUUGUCAUAAAUGAUAAUCUGAUACAUCGUUAUGUAUACAUUGAGGGCAUUUGAACAGAUUCGAAAAAUCCAAUUAAAUUCCGGAUCUACUUUAAUUGGACUUACAGUUUCAUCCAUGAAGUAGUAAUUUAUUUAAAGGACAAAUUCUGAAAAUGGGUAAAAACAACGAUAAAAAAAAAAGAAUGCAAAAA